AUGUUGCCUCACAAGCUUCAGCCAUUUGUUCGUAACAGAGUAGCUGAAAUAUUGGAAAUGGCAGGUGAGAGUUUAGCAAAUGAAGGCAUUGACUUUCAUUUUAUACCCGCGUAUACCCCUCAUUUUGGCGGGCUAUGGGAGGCAGGUGUUCGCUCAACCAAAUAUCACUUGCAACGAGUGCUGGGGAAUUGUAAUCUGACGUUCGAGGAACUUUACACCACGCUCACGCAGAUCGAAGCGAUAUUGAACUCUAGGCCUCUAACUCCGCUGUCUUCAGAUCCAGCUGAUUUGAAUCCACUGACUCCAGGACAUUUUUUGAUUGGACGUCCUCUCACGUCGUUACCUGAACGUAACUAUCAAGAUUGUUCCAGUGGAAAUUUAAGUCGUUAUGAACGAAUUGAACAGCUUCGACAACAUUUUUGGGUUCGUUGGAGCAAAGAAUACAUCGCAGAGUUACAACAGCGAACUAAAUGGCGUUCAUGCAAAGAUAGUCUAAAAAUGAAUUCACUGGUAGUUGUAAAGGAAGAUCACUUGCCACCAUUAAAAUGGAAGCUUGGAAGGAUUGUGGCUACAUUCCCUGGAACUGAUGGCAUCGUUCGUGUGGCUGACAUCAGAACGCCGACCGGAGAGCUUUUAACAGAAUAUGUCCGCUGCCUGAGUCAUCCAGCUCUGGUUGAAAGCACAGCUUUCAACGCUCGGGGGCAUGUUCAGGCGCCUGAAUAUAUAAUCUGUUUUUUUCGAUUCCGCGUAAACUGA